CUCUCUCUCUCUCUGUGGUUGUAAGAGUUGGAAACUUGAGUUUUGGGGUCAUUUAACUAUUUCAUGGUUAAAUUGGUAUGCUUUAUGGACAUUUUGCUGAAAUUAUGGAUAUGGGUUUUCUAAUUUCGUGAUUCUUCUUAUUAUUUAUUAAUAUCUUUUGCGUGGGUUUUCUUUCUUAUGGAUUUGAUAGAAUUCGUCUCCUUUGUGGUUCUACCUUUUUUUUUCCCAAUUUCGUUUUCAUUUUCCUGUUUCUGGUGGCGCUUGAUGAAAUUUCCUGGUAUUCUUAUCGGUGCGCAAAUUCGUAUUUUUACAGUUUUAUAGUUUUUUAUGAAUGCUUCUGUUAACUAUAUUGAUAUACAAAUCAUAACUUAUGCAGAAAAAAAAAAAAAAAAAAGAUAUACAACGUAUAAAUAUCAGCUGCAAAUUCUUGUUUUUGGGGGUGGUGGGGGGGAGGGGGUGGGGGUAUUGGAAAUUUUGAAUUAUAUUUGUAUAGGUGACCUAGAAGUAACCGAAAAAACUGCAACUCGUGACGUUUUUUUUUUACUUGACUAAGCAUGUAAAUUUGGUUUUCUUUGGUGUUGAUUUUAACCGAGUACUUAUUUCUGUAUGCUUGGGUUGAUUUUCAAAUUAAUGCCUUUGUAUGUUCAUAUACAUGUGAGAUUUUCCUCAUCCCCCUUAUCGUCAGUGGCUUUUCUUAAUUUGACUUGAGUUUUCUGGUCUUCAAUGUUUGAGGAAGCUUAACUUGAUUGUUAGCAUUUAAAGUUUUUGGAAAAUUUUCAUAAAAAAAAAUUCGUUUAAAUCAAAACUAGUGAUGAAUUAUGAAAAUUUGCAUGAGGUUCUUCUCUUUCCAUCUUUUCCAAAUCGCAAACGUCUACAGCUCACCUGGGGAACUAGUGAUUGUGCUACACCAACUCUUACCUUUUGGGUUGAUGCAUUCAGCUGCACAAGUACUUCAAAGGCAGAGAGGAGCUGAGAGUAUUGUGAAAGUUUACCUCUCAGACGCAUGGAUCAGAGACUCUCAACCGAUGCAGUGGACUACAGAAAUGGUGACUACACCAAAAUUAAAGAUGAAGAGAACCCUCAAUUGGGAAUGUUUGAUAAGCCUCUUCCUUUAUUUGGCUGUGGAAUUGGAUGGUUUUUACUUCUGCUAGGAUUUGCAUGCCCACUGAUGUGGUACUAUGCUGCAAUUCUCUACUUUCGAAGGUACUAUCACAAGGAUCCAAGGGAGCGAGAUGGACUUGCUGCCAAUGCAGUAGCUGCUUCGAUAUGUACAGUUGCUGUGGUAAUUACAGCUGCCGUUAUUCUGUUGCUAAAAUUAUGCUUUUAGUUGCCAUCACUAGUGUCACCCUCCCCCAGUAAAAAGCUUGAGCUGAUGGUUCAUAACCAAAGCUUCCUUCCAGUAUUUGUACAAGAAGAGGUGAUUGAUAUCACUGAAGGUUCAGCUAUCUAAAAACUAGAGCAAUUUUUGGAUUUCUCUUGUAGUCUUGUGCAUAAUUAGAACUUUGUACAUUAAGAAAAUGCAAGUGUGAAGUUUAUGUACGCAGUAGAUGAAAUUAUGAGAAGCUUAUUGGUUCAUUAGUCAAAACACAGUACAUGCAUAUACAUACAGAUCUUUCAUGGA